AUGGGUGGCGGUGGCCUUGGCGGCAUGGGUGGCGGUGGCCUUGGCGCCAUGGGAGGCAUGGGUGGCUUUGGAGCUACCUUGGGUGGCUUAGGUGCCAUGGGUGGCUUUGGAGCACCCCCCGGCGCCAUGGCCGCCAUGGGAGGCAUGAGUUUUGCGUCUCUCAUGGGAGGCAUGGGUGCACCUCCGGCCGCCAUGGGCGGAAUGUCUUCCGGUGUGCCUCACACACCUUCCCAUGAAGAUGCCGUUGAAGAUCUUGCCAACACCGUCCGAGCUUCACGUGAUGCGGUGCGCAACAAUGAUGAUGAUGAGGAGGAAGAAUCAUCUUCGGAGAAGGAAGAAUCGUCUUCGGAAGAUGAGGACGAAGACGAGGACGAGGCUUGA